UGUUUUGUAGAUGGGAAAUGAUUGAAUAUGUUUAAUGAAUCAAUUUCUUUUCAUCUCUAUUAAAUUUUAUCUUUUAAUACAAAAGUUCAUUUGUUUACUACCCAUUGACUAGUUGUCCUAUUAUCUCCCUGAAUUUUCAAUAGGUUUUUGUCACAUCUUAUUUGGUGAAUUAAUCAGCUGAAAUGGACUCCAUGGAUUACUAUGAAUUUUUGGAAAUUUCCUCAGCCUCUUCGACUUCUCAAAUCAAAAAGGCCUACAGGAAAAAAGCUUUAAUACUUCAUCCGGAUAAAAAUCUGGAAAAUCCACAUGCAAAAGCAGAUUUUGAAAAGUUAUCGAAAAUUCUAGACAUCUUAACGGAUCCGGCUGCCCGAGAAAAAUAUGACAGGCAACUUCGAGCCCAAAAGGAAAAGAAAAUGAGAGAUGCUGAACUCGAUGCCAAGAGAAAGAAACUUCGUGAUGAACUGGAAGAAAGGGAAAGACUGGCCAAGGAAGAGAAAGAAAGGAAGAUUAUGGAAGAUAUCGCCAGGAUGAAGGAUGCCGAGAAAACCAGAAUUGCAAACCUUAGACAAUUGGAUCGGGAAAAUCAGAAACUCAAAAUUAAAGUUGAACACGAUUUAAGAGACAUUGCUCAUCGUGUUGGACCUUCAGAUGAAAUAUUGUACAGAUUAAGAGUUGAAUGGGCGUCCAAAUUUGAUGUAUCAUCAGCAAUAUUAUCAAACAUUUUUUCCAAGUUUGGUCCAGUCAACGUCAUCAUGUCACCCAAAUCUUCAAAUGCAGAAAUUGAAUUUAAGGACAAAGAACAAGUUAUGAAAGUGCUCAAUGAAAGAUUUGACAAUUUAUCUGUUAAAAAAUUAACAAUCAUUAUUCAGACCCUUCCUAAACAAUCGCCUUAUGGCCCAUCCUUCAAUCAAGCUUUAGAUAGUUUUGAAAAUGAAGUUCUGUCAAAAUUGCGAUUAGCACAAUUAAUUAAGAUGGGCCAACCACCACCACCACCACCUCUUAUCUGUUGAUUCCAAACUUUUUCAAUAAUUCUUAAAAUGCUUUGAAUAAAUAUAUAAGUCAUUCUUCAACAAAUAAAUAAA